AUAUUAGUGGAAAUAAUUAUCGUUACUUUAGUAUUAUUGUUAUUUAAAAAACCCACAGAGCAAACCAAAUUUUAAGAAAACUGGCACAGUGGUCCUGUGCAGGGGGAUUUUCCCAUGUGAAUGGAAUGCAGCAUCGAUAGGUCGAAUGACUCGAAGGGAUUCAUCCAGUCAGAGCACUUGUACGGAAAGUCCGUUGGGUCAAACCACUGUUAAACCCUUCGCAAUCGACGAUCUCGACAGUCCGACAUUCCUCCAAUGGCGAGAUAAUGGCGAGAAUGGAGCCGCUAUUCAAGGCAAAGAAAAAAGCUGCUGUAUUUGUUGGUCGGCGUUGAUGUUUGCCAAUGGUCGGUCGAAAGCGACGGACAGCUUGAUGAUCCGAGGCGGUAGCGGCAGAGACGGUUCAGGUGGCGGCUUCAAGGAGACUGCUGUGAUGCUACGUAGGCAACUGGAAGAAAAGGGUUUUUCUACCAUGAGAGAGUGUGUGUGAGCCCGGUUUUCUGGAGACACACGAGCUCUACCGGCCUGGUUUUUGUUUUUAUUAUAAUUUUAUUUUUUGUUUAACCGCCUGUUUUUAGUGUAUCUGUUUUUAGCUUUUUCAAAGAGACGCUGCUUAGGAUACAGUGAGGAUACACGGCGAGCUGGUGAAGUUUUGGGGAAUGGCAGGUCGAAGCCGAAGAGCAUGGUUUAGUGUUCUGCUUGGACUGGUAGUCGGGUUCACUCUGGCUUCCAGACUCAUUUUACCCAAAGCGACGGAGUUGAAGAAGGCUGGACAAAAACGAAAAGCAAACCCUGCCGGUUGUGGAUUGAACGGGGCUCUCAGAAAGGAAUACGGCGGAGUAUUAUGGCCACCGCAAGAUAACGGUUUACCGGCGACCGAGAAACCUGGCUCCAGGUCCAAUCAUUUCCUGUUUGUUGGUGUCAUGACUGCCCAGAAGUACCUGAACAGCCGAGCUGUGGCGGCGCACAGGACAUGGGCACAGACAAUUCCAGGUCAUGUGGAGUUCUUCUCCAGCGAAGGCUCUGACACCUCCAUACCCAUUCCCAUAGUGGCUCUGAGGAAUGUGGAUGACUCGUACCCACCCCAGAAGAAGUCCUUCAUGAUGCUCAAAUACAUGCACGACCACUACCUGGACAAGUACGAGUGGUUCAUGAGGGCCGAUGACGACGUCUACAUCAAGAGUGGGAAGCUGGAGAGCUUCCUGCGCAGCCUUAACAGCAGUGAGGCCAUCUUCCUGGGCCAAACAGGCAUGGGGGCCCGGGACGAGCUGGGGAAGCUGGCCUUGGAGCCUGGGGAGAACUUCUGCAUGGGGGGGCCAGGGGUCAUCAUGAGCCGUGAGGUCCUCAAGAGAAUGGUGCCUCACAUCCGAGAGUGUCUACAGGAGAUGUACACCACCCACGAGGACGUGGAGGUGGGCCGGUGUGUCAGGAGGUUUGCGGGGGUCCAGUGUGUCUGGUCCUAUGAGAUGCAGCAGCUCUUCUACGAGAACUAUGAACCAAAUAAGAAAGGCUACAUACGAGAUCUCCACAACAGCAAGAUCCAUCGAGCCAUCACCCUCCACCCCAACAAGAACCCUCCCUACCAGUAUCGCCUACACAGCUACAUGCUCAGCCGCAAGAUUGCAGACCUGCGCCAUCGCACCAUUCAGCUUCACCGGGAGAUCGUCCAGAUGGGGCGCUAUGGAGCAGCUGAGCCCAGCCGAGAGGACCUCCAGCUUGGCAUGCCACCCUCAUUUAUGCGCUUCCACCCACGGCAGAGAGAGGAGGUCCUGGAGUGGGAGUUCCUUACGGGCAAGUACCUGUUCUCAUCGUCUGACGGGCAACCACCCCGCCGGGGGAUGGAUUCCUCCCAGAGGCAAGCCCUGGAUGACAUCAUCAUGCAGGUAAUGGAGAUGAUCAACGCCAAUGCCAAGACACGGGGGCGGGUCAUCGAUUUCAAAGAAAUCCAGUACGGCUACCGGAGGGUCAAUCCUUUAUAUGGGGCCGAGUACGUGCUAGAUCUGUUGUUGCUCUACAAGAAGCACAAAGGAAAGACCAUGACAGUUCCUGUGAGGAGGCAUGCCUACCUGCAGCAGACUUUCAGCCAGAUCCAGUUCAGAGAGGAGGAGGAGAUGGAUGCAAGAGCCCUGGCCAGCCAUAUCAACAAGGAGUCAGACUCCCUUUCAUUCUUGUCCAACUCCCUAAAGAUGCUGGUGCCGUUCAAACUUGCUACAUCAGGCCAGGAACAGAGGGAACCAAAAGAGAAGAAAGUCAACAUCUUGGUACCUCUGUCAGGACGCUAUGACAUCUUUGUGCGCUUCAUGGCCAACUUUGAAAGAGUUUGUCUGAUGCCCAACCAAAAUGUCAAAUUGCUGAUCCUGCUCUUCAGCACAGACAACAACACUGAGCGGGUUAAGCAGGUGGAGCUGAUGAGGGAGUAUCACAUGAAAUAUCCCCGGGCUGAGAUGGAGAUAAAGCCGGUCGCCGGCUCCUUCUCCAGGGCUCUGGCUUUAGAAGUGGGCUCGUCGCACUUCACUAACGAUUCACUGCUCUUCUACUGUGAUGUGGACCUGCUUUUCACCAGCGAUUUCCUCAAGCGUUGCCGGGCCAAUACUGCCCUGGGGGUGCAGACCUACUUCCCCAUCAUCUUCAGCCAGUAUGACCCCAAGGUGGUAUACGCAGGGAAGGUCCCCAGCAACAACCACUACGUCUUCACCUCCAAGACAGGCCUGUGGAGGAACUACGGCUUUGGGAUCGUCUGCGUCUACAAAGGGGACUUGAUCCGAGCUGGAGGCUUUGACACCUCCAUACAGGGGUGGGGAUUGGAGGAUGUGGACCUCUUUAAUAAAUUUGUCCAGUCAGGGAUUAAGUUGUUCAGAAGCACAGACACAGGGAUAGUGCAUGUCCACCACCCGGUCAUUUGUGACCCGAACCUGGAGGCAAAGCAAUAUAAGAUGUGCCUGGGCUCCAAAGCCUCGUCGCACGGCUCCACCCAGCAGCUGGCCGAGCUCUGGCUGGAGAAGAACGACCACGGCUUCAGGAGACUGGCCAGCAAUAAUGGCUCAGUUAGGACAGCAUGAGAAAGGCCAGGCCGCAGACUAUCAUAAACCUGAACCUGGUCUGGCCUCACUCCUCCUCUUAGUGGUGUUUUCACUACCUAAUUUAUUUUUUACUGAAUGAAAGACACAGCAACAUGGAUAUAUUUUGAAAAUAUGUCUUCUUUUUUUUUUUUAAGAAAAUAUACAGAAACCCCAUAAUGAACAAUUCAUAGAGACAGUGUUGGCUCUAAUAUGGAAGUACAUGUUUCAAUUAAUGAUAGAAAGAAUAUUGAGCAAUAUUCUUCAGUGAGCCUGAUUACAGUUGGGGCUCGAGGUUCCUCUAGACUGUUAAAUGUUAUCUGUAAGGACAGUGGGAGGAGGGGAGGCAGGGGUAAUCGAUGUGUACCUCAGUGAAGUACACGAUCAUGGUCCUUUAAUAUUCCAUUUGUCUUGUGUGCAGAAAACAGACUGGUGUCCAUGUACUCUCUGACCAGCAGUGCUCGAAAUAAACUCCCGAUUGCGAAUGUUUACAAAAGACUGAUUCUAAACAACAUUUCAUCAAUGAAAACUCAAAUCACAGCUAUCUUAAUGAUUACUAAGGGCCAUUUAAUUUGAUUUCUUUAAUUUACAAUGUUUUUCUUUUCUGUUUGCUGUUAUGGUUUUGGUAAUACGACAUAACACUGUUACUGUCUCUCCAGGAUGUUUUUGUAUUUUUCUAUUAUUAAUUUCUGUGAACCCAACUGCUGGAUUUGAUAUCUGCAAAUCAUCUUUUGCUGUCUAAUUUAUUGAAUUUGCAGACUCCAUUUUCUACUCUCUGACUGUUGAAAUAUGUAUAUUGGAAAGAUUGUAUAACCAUGUCAGUUGUGGGACAGUGUUUUUUGUUUUCAUGUACUUUUUCUUAAACUCAUUAUCACCAAAGAGUUUUGCACAGUCUGCUCUAGGUAUCAUGUUGCCUCUGUUUGUGUGUGUGUGUGUGUGUGUGUGUGUGUGUGUGUGUGUGUGUGUGUGUGUGUGUGUGUGUGUGUGUGUGUGUGUGUGUGUGUGUGUGUGUGUGUGUGGGUGGGUGGUUUGCAGGCACAAACAUGAAACUGGCAGUAUAAUGGAGAGUAAACACCAAAGCUCUACAUAUCCCAGGCCUUUCUGAUGGGUGAAGUGGGAACCAGUCUGGCUUUUAUUCUAGUGGGCUGAAAUGGGAGCAGCGCUCUGGUCGACCAGCUCAAUUCACACAUCACUGUCUCUUUUUAUAAAUUACUUUCUUUCAUGCUGAAAUAAAGUGUUGUGGCUGGUCCCAGUCUAAAUAGGUGUGGCUUCAAUGCUGAUUUCAUUGAACUGUGAUUGAAAACCCACAUUCUGAUCUGGCCUGGUCUAGUCCUGCAUUACAGGUUUGAGGGCAGAAGAUUUCCUCAUGGUCACCCUGAAUCACUUUCCUGCUCCUGCCUGUGUUGCCUAUAGGCAGGUACUGUAUGUUGUAGCACUCCAUUAGGUUAAUGUUCCUUUUUCAGCAUUACAACAUGAACAGCUGAUUUUUAAGACUGAUGUGACAUGAUGAAUGACUGCUGUCAUCUGUCAUAGUGUUUUUUGUUUUGUUUUUUCAUUUUCUUGGACUUUUUGUAAUUUUUGUUCUUUCAAUUCUGUCCAGUGGGAAAUGUUUUCUAUUUGAAAAUAAAUAAAAUGGGGGAAAAGUA